UGGUUGUACCUCUUUAACAUGAGAAUAAGGCGUAGAAAUGUGAUAUCAAUCAGCUCAACAAGACUUUCCUCUUUCUUAAGACGAAGGACGAUACCGGAGAAGCUUACUCAAUUUCGGACAAAUGAUAUUUGCGGGAACAGGAAGGAGCCCUUUUGAUUACAAUGGAUAUGGUUGUCAUUGUGGGAAAGGUGGUCAUGGGAAAGCAUUGGAUGAUGUUGAUAGGUGUUGUGAGACACACGACCGAUGCUACAAAGAAUUAAAAGAUAGAAGAAUAUGCAGUGGUUGGGGAAUUUAUAUUGUGCAUUACAAAACCUCAUCUCCCCUCGAGUGUGCGAAAACAAACACGGGAUGUGGAAAAGGUUUGUGCGAAUGCGAUAGAGAUGCUGUCCUCUGUUUCAAAGAGAAAAAAUACAACAGGAAGUACAAAGAACUACAACAAACUCAGGUGUUACUUCUGAACGAAAUUCUGUUUUACAAAGUACACCAUAACGGCAAAAUGAAGAUUAUCGUCUUUAUCUUCAUAAUUUUAAUUACACAGAACUGUUCUAACGCUGCUUACGCCACAGCAGGGAGAUUUAAAAGAGAUUUACUGAGCUUUAACCACCUGAUUCGCGUGAUAACGAAACGAAAUCCACUGGACUUCAAUGGAUAUGGUUGUUAUUGUGGGGCUGGUGGACAUGGGCGCCCUGUGGAUUUAUUAGAUAGAUGUUGCAAGAGUCAUGACGAGUGUUAUGGUAGAUUAGGAGAAGGAGGAACAUUCCAAAAAAAAGUGUGUGGAUGGGGCAUCUAUUUCCGGUCCUACAAGCUGAUAGGUUCACCUCCGACAUGCCGAAAAGGAGGUUCAGCUUGCUCAUAUGGUCUCUGUAAAUGUGACAUAUCGGCUGCAUUUUGUUUUGCAAAACGUCCUUUUAAUCCCAAGUAUAAAAACUACAACAAGAAACGUUGUUAGUACGGGCACUAUUAUGGUACGACGGGUACGUCUGUUCUGU